ACACACACACACACACCCUCACACACAUGCAUUACAAUAUCCACACACAAUCACACUAAUACCCCCUCACAGCGGGUCAUUAUAAUGAAGCAGACCUGGAAAACGGGGGCCACUUUUCAUUUUUCAUCCCAGGAUUUGUCCUCACGUGGCUGUCUUUGCGCAUACCGGCCGUGCUGCUGCUGCUGCUGCUGCUGAGGUGUGUCUGACCUGGACCGCUUCUUCGGGACUGCGAAUAAUUCACGCUCAGUUGAAUGGGAAACACGAACACGGGGAUAAACGACACCUUUCCUCCCCAUCUUGACGAACGAGCGCACCUUUCCGACACCGGAGGAGCCGGCGCAGCGCUCCGCCGGGCCGGGCGCGCUGUCUGGGAGGACUAGGCAGGAUGGAGUCGUUUUUUACGGAGGGGACACGAGUUUGGGUCAGAGAGAAGGAGCAGCUGCGUCCUGCCACUGUCAACUCCUGCGGUGAUGGAACCCUCGUGGUCACAACUGACUAUGGAGAGGUGUUCUACCUGCAGCAGGCCGAGGUCACCAGAGAGCGGGUGUACGCCAUGCACCAGUCCAGCAUCGACGGGGUGGAAGACAUGUCAGCACUGGCCGAACUGCACGAGGCCGCUAUCAUGCACAACUUGUACCGGCGCUACCAGAAGGACCACAUCUACACCAAUAUCGGCAGCAUCCUGGCCGCUGUCAACCCAUACAAGCAGAUCGCAGGGCUUUAUGACCCAGAGAGAGUGGACUUGUACUCCAAGCACCAUCUCGGGGAGCUCCCGCCGCACAUUUAUGCCGUGGCCAACGAAUGCUACCGCUGCAUCUGGAAACGCCACGACAGCCAGUGUGUCCUUAUAAGCGGCGAAUCAGGGGCAGGAAAGACGGAGAGCACCAAACUCCUGCUUCAAUUUCUGUCGGUUAUGAGCCAGAAGUCGGCCGGGACUUCUCCGUCAGAGAAGAGCACACGAGUGGAGCAGGCCAUCGUGCAGAGCAGUCCCAUCAUGGAGGCGUUUGGAAAUGCAAAAACCGUUUACAACAACAAUUCCAGUCGUUUUGGGAAGUUUAUCCAGCUUCACUUCUCUGAGAGCGGCAACAUCCAAGGAGGCUGUGUCUUCGACUACUUACUGGAAAAGAACCGUGUGGUGCGACAAAACCCUGGAGAGCGAAACUACCACAUCUUCUACGCUCUGCUGGCUGGAGCUACUAAAGAGCAUAAAAGUCUCUACUUCCUGGAGGAUCCUCCUGAAUCGUUCCACUACCUCAGCCAAUCGGGAUGUUUGAAGGACAAGAGUCUGAAUGACAAAGAACUGUAUAACAGCGUUAUGGGGGCGCUGAAGGUUUUAGAGUUUACACAAGAGGAGAUCAGGGACAUGUUUAAGCUGCUAUCGGGAGUCUUACAGCUCGGCAACGUUGAGUUCAUGACUGCGGGAGGAGCACAGAUCACCACCAAGCAAGUGGUCACUGAUGCCAGCGAACUGUUAGGUCUGGAUGCCUUCCAGCUGAACGAAGUCCUGACUCAGCGCUCCAUAAUCCUCAGAGGAGAGGAAAUCUGCUCUCCUCUCACUAUUGAGCAGGCCAUAGAUUCCCGCGACUCUGUUGCCAUGGCGUUGUAUUCCCAGUGUUUCUCCUGGAUCAUCCUCAAGAUUAAUCAAAAGAUCAAAGGGAAGGAAAACUUCAAAUCCAUCGGCAUCCUUGAUAUCUUCGGCUUUGAGAACUUUAAGGUGAAUCGGUUUGAGCAGUUUAACAUCAAUUACGCUAAUGAGAAGCUGCAGGAGUAUUUUAACAAGCAUAUCUUCUCCCUGGAGCAACUGGAGUACAACAGAGAAGGUGUUCAGUGGGAUGCCAUAGACUGGAUGGACAACGCAGAGUGUCUUGACCUCAUAGAGAAGAAACUGGGCUUGUUGGCACUAGUGAACGAAGAGAGCAGAUUCCCCAAAGGAACAGACUUCACGCUGCUGGAGAAGUUACACAGCAGACACUCUACAAACCCUUACUAUGUUAAGCCCAGACUUGCUGAUCACCAGUUUGGUAUCAAACAUUAUGCUGGAGAGGUUCUGUACGACGUCAAGGGAAUCCUGGAGAAGAACAGAGACACUUUCAGAGACGAUAUCCUGAACAUGCUCAAGGACAGCAGACUGGAUUUCAUUUAUGACUUGUUUGAGAAAGUUGGCAGCAGGAACAACGAGGAGAAGAUGGGAACAGCUAGACGCAAACCCACAGUGAGCUCCCAGUUCAGAGACUCCCUUCAUUCUCUCAUGGCCACUCUCAGUGCAUCCAACCCCUUUUUCAUUCGCUGCAUUAAGCCCAACAUGGAAAAGAAUCCACAAAUCUUUGACCCAGAGAUCGUCCUGAACCAGCUGAGAUAUUCUGGGAUGUUGGAGACCGUGAAGAUCCGCCGUGCCGGAUUCCCAGUUCGUAGAACAUUCAAAGAUUUCUUCUCACGGUAUAAAAUCAUUGCAAAAGACAAAGUAACAGCAGGAGAUGAUAAGAAAAGAUGCACAGAUCUUUUGACUAAAUAUGAUAAGACAAAGAAAGAAUGGCAACUCGGAAAGACCAAGGUGUUCAUGAAAGAGUCUUUGGAGCACCUUUUAGAGAAGGACAGGGAUGAAGUACAACGUCAAGCGGCUAUGAUAAUCCGGGCUCACCUACUCACUUUCUCUGCAAAGAAACAUUUCAAGCGGGUACGUGCCAGCGUCACCACCCUGCAGAAACACUUCCGAAAGCAUAUUUUGCGCAGGCGGUUCAUGAAGCAGCGCAAGGCAGCACUGGUGUUGCAGAAACACAGACGAGGUCAGGUGGCACGUGCCCGUGUCCGGAAACUCAAAGAGGAGAAGAAGAAAGAGGAGGAGCAAAGGAAGAAAAAAGAGGAAGAGAAGCCAAAGACAGGUGGAGCGGAGCAAGUAGAAGGGAAUGAAGGAGAAGAGGACGACGAAGACUCGGAGGAUCAGACAAGUCAGACUCGUCAAAUGGAAGAGAUCCUGCAGCUGGAGAGAGAGAUUGAGCGUUUGCAGAAGAAACGAGAGGACGAGGUGUCGCAGCUCUGUGAGUCCUCCAAGCAGGAGCUGCAGCUGCGCCGGGACGCUGAGAUCAAGCGGAUGAAGAAGGAGGCGUCCCGCAAGGCCACCGAGCUCAUUGACCUUCUGAACUUUGGAGGUGUGGAUCCUUCACUGGCAGCAGUUGCGCCGAAGUCGCCUGCAGAGGCUAAAGCUCCAAAACGGGAAAGCAACGCUGCAUGUGGAUCAAAAGAAGAGGACGUGGACGAAGGCUUCCACGCUGAGGAGGAGUGCAUCCCUCUUCCGGACUUCCCGCCUCCUGCUGAGACAGAUGCUCCUCUGGAUCAGGAGAUAUUUGCUCAGCUUCCCCCUCCACCUCCGGCUUUCGCAGAGGGGACCGUGCAACCCACACCGCCGCCUCCUCCGCCCCAUACCACCGAUGCAGCGACAGGUGAAAUUCCUCCUCCUCCCCCUCCACCUGGCGACGGCGCUGCCGUUCCUCCAGCACCUCCACCCGCCCCGCCACCUCCCCCAGGAGAGGAGGAGAAGAACGAGGGGGCCAAGACAGAGCCCGAGAGGAAGGUGAGCAUGGUGGAGAGCCUGGUGGACGGAGAGGAGCCGAUCUACAGCAUGCCUGCCGAUACGGAGUCGGACUACGACCAGGAAGAGGAGGAGGGCUCCGUCACGGCCGGAGACGACGGCUCCGCGUCCGGAAGCAACCGCGGGAGCACCACCGUGCCGGACGAGGAGCAUCCGAGGAAGUCGACGUGCACCAACGCCAGCAUGGAGUCCUACAGAGGCAGCUCUGACUCUUACGCCGACAGCGAUGAUGAACAUGAUGGAAUGAUGGAUACAGAUGAAGAGGUGACGAAUGGCAGAGUGACUUUACUCAAUGGAAAUGGGCCACCCUAUUUCCAUGGAUACCUCUACAUGAAAGCUGGUCUGAUGAUCCCAUGGAGGAGGCGUUGGUGCGUGUUGAAGGACGAGACCUUCAUGUGGUUCCGGUCCAAACAAGAGUCCCUGAAGUCUGGCUGGCUCUACAAGAAAGGAGGAGGCCUCUCCACUCUCUCACGGAGGAACUGGAAGAUGCGCUGGUUUGUGUUGAGAGACAGCAAGCUCAUGUACUACGACAACGACAGUGAGGAGAAGCUGAAGGGGACCAUCGACAUCCGAGCGGCCAAGGAGAUUGUAGAUAACCAUGAGAAGGAGAACGCCAUGAACAUCGUGACAGAUGAGAGGACGUACCAAGUCUUUGCUGAAUCACCGGAGGACGCUAGCGGCUGGUUUAAGGUCCUGAGUAAGGUACGAGUGUGCACGCCUGAGCAGCUGCUGGAGAUGUCGCAUGAGCAGGCCAACCCCAAAAAUGCUGUGGGAACUCUUGAUGUGGGAUUGAUCGACUCCGUUUGCGCAUCAGACAACCCCGAUAGGCCCAAUUCUUUUGUCAUUAUUACGGCCAACCGUGUGAUCCACUGCAACAGUGACACACCGGAGGAGAUGCAUCACUGGAUCAGCUUGCUGCAGAAACCCAAAGGAGAUGCCAGGAUCGAUGGGCAGGAGGUCCUUGUCAGAGGCUGGCUUCAAAAGGAGAUGAAGACAAACGCCAAGAGCACUUCGUUGAAGCUGAAGAAGCGCUGGUUUGUUCUGACCCACAACUCCCUGGAUUACUACAAGAGUUCAGAGCGAAAUUCGUCGAAGAUGGGAACUCUGGUCCUUAACUCCCUCUGCUCCAUCAUUCAGCCAGAUGAACGAGUCCACAGGGAGACAGGCUACUGGAACAUCAUAGUGUAUGGGAGGAAACAUUCUUACCGCCUUUAUACAAAGAUGCUGAAUGAAGCCAUGAGGUGGACGGCUGCUAUACAAGGAGUCAUAGACAGCAAGACCCCCAUAGAAACCCCAACUCUGCAGCUCAUCAGAGAUAUCAAGGAGAACAGUGUGAACCCAGACAUCGUGGAGCAGAUGUACAGGAGGAACCCCAUUCUCAGAUACACUCAGCAUCCUCUGCACGCUCCUCUCUUACCGCUUCCCUAUGGAGAGGUCACCAGCUUGCAAAGGCAGCAGGGUUACGCCAGUCUGCAGGAUGAGGCGGUGCGAGUUUUCAACUCGCUGCAGGAGAUGGAGACGCUGGCAGACACAGUGCCCAUCAUUCAGGGCAUCCUGCAGACCUGCCAGGACCUGCGCCCUCUCAGGGAUGAGGUAUAUUGUCAGGCAAUCAAGCAGACCAAUCACGUGCCUCAGCCGAACAGCCCGGCUAAUCGGGCACACUGGCACCUGCUCACCUGCAUGAGCUGCACCUUCCUGCCCAGCCGAGCCAUCCUCAGAUACCUCCGCUUCCACCUCAAAAGGAUACGAGAGCGCUUUCCCGGCUGCGAUAUCGAGCGUUACGCCAGUUUCAUCGGUGAAUCCCUAAAGAAGACCAAGACUCGUGAGUUUGUUCCCUCUCAGGAGGAGAUCGCUGCCCUGCUGGUGAGACAAGAGAUGAGCACCACCGUGUACUGCCACGGAGGAGGCUCCUGCAAGAUCUCCAUCAACUCGCACACCACAGCUGGAGAGGUUGUGGAGAAGCUGAUCAGAGGUCUGGCCAUGGAGGAAAGCAAGAACCUGUUUUCAUUGUUUGAACACAACACGUUUACAGACCGAGCUCUUGAGAGCAGGGUGAUUGUGGCAGAUGUUCUGGCCAAGUUUGAGAGACUGGCAGGCAGUGAAGAGGAGGAAGAGGAAGGGGAAUGGAAGUUGUACUUCAAAUUGUACUGCUUCCUGGAUGUAGAGAGCAUGCCCAAAGAGGGAGUGGAGUUUGCAUUUAUGUUUGAACAGGCCCAUGAGUCUUUGAUAAGCGGUCACUUCCCAGCCUCAGAGGAGACGUUGCAGCACCUGGCAGCUUUACGUCUCCAGUAUCUCCACGGUGAUGGGGCAGGUCGGGUCGGGUGGGGCCUUGGAAGCGUUUAUCCUACGGGACGUCUUCGCAAUCGCAUCCUGCAUUCCACCAAGCCCGGCGUCGGAGCAGCAGGCGGAGCCGGAGCACGAGGAAGCGGAGGAAUAGGAGAUGGAAUCGGUGCGCUGGGAGGACAGGCUGCUAUCGGGCCGGGCACCGAGAAGCGAAAGACUCCAAGCUUCCUUGAUGGCACACUCAGGAGAAGCUUCAAAACGGGUUCACUGAAGAAGCAGAAGGUGGAGGAAGAGCAGAUGCUGGAGAUGUGGGUGAAGGAAGAGACAUCCGCCACACGCACAAGCGUACUGGAGAAGUGGACCCGUCUGCAGGGCAUGCCGCAGCACCAGGCCAUGCUUAAAUACAUGGGCAUCAUUAAAGAGUGGCCCGGAUAUGGAUCCACUCUGUUUGACGUGGAGUGUAAAGAGGGCGGUUUCCCUCAUGAUCUGUGGCUGGGUGUGAGUGCUGACAACGUGUCUGUGUAUAAACGAGGCGAUCCCAAACCACUGGAGACCUUCCAGUACGAGAGCAUCACCUUCUUUGGAGCUUCGCAGCCCUGCACCUAUAAGGUCAUCGUCGAUGAGAGAGAGAUAUACUUUGAGACUCCACUGGUUGGAGAGGUCACCAAGAUCAUGAGGGCUUACAUUAACAUGAUGGUGAAGAAACGUUGCAGCAUCAUGUCUGUGACCAGCGUGAGCAGUUCCUGGGCCAGGUGAUCACCGCCGACCCGUCACGUCCCUCGGUCCAUUCAUCCCGCGGCAACAGACAGCCGCAUCCACCAGCCGACCCUGCAGGUUGAAUCGACAGCAAUGGAUUAGUGUCAAUAAGCAAAACUGGCCACAGAAACCAAACGCACACUCCACUGGCCAGGGAAAGGGGACACGUCUAAAAACAAGCAUGAUAAAGUUAUCAACCGGUAAUUUGAGGCGGUCACAUAAAACACAUAACUCUUUCAGCUGUAGUCCUGCAUGUAGAUGUUCAAGCACACUCCUAACUUCUCUGUAUUCCUUUUUUCGGACAAAGAAAAUUCAGUAAUAACAAGCACAACUCAGCCGCCGAGCCCCCGUAGGCCCCAGGUGGAUCCUCCACCUCCUCUGUGCACUGCCAGACAGAAGAAACACACACUCAGUUAUACUUGUUUGUCUCUCACUCCUUUUCUGCUUCAAAGUCUCUCUCUUUCUCUUCAUGUCUCCUCACUCCUGUCCCAUCACUUUGCUGAACUCUUGUUCCUGCUUGCUUUUCCAUUGUGGUUCUCUCUCUUUCUUUCAUCAAUAACAGUGUUACACCUGAAUUUAGAAAAAAAAAAAAAAAAUAGGAAAAAACUAAAUAGGAUUGGAUGUUGAUUCUUCUUCUGGGCCGCUGCCCACCAAAUCUACGCGUCCACCUGCUCGCUCGUCAGUGCCACCGUGUGGCCAUGAGAAGAAAACCAUAGCCAGAGGGAAGUGGCUUUAAAUACAUCUGAACAAAGUACUCUUGCAAACAGAGAAGUAAGGUUUUACUUUGGAGGGUCACUGGUUUAGUUUGGCCUGUGUCUGGUUAUAAGCCCCAUUUCUCUCUCCACGACAGCUCUAACAUUUCCCCAUAUUUCUGUAUGUAACAAAAAC